CACAGACCACGGGAGCAGCGACACGGCGCGGCAGCAAACUUCUACCUAUACCUAUAUCCCGCGGGGACGGCGAAAUCUUGAACGUGCAUAUUAUUGAAUAACAUAUAGGUACAUACGAAAUCAAUAUACUUUUUUUGGCGCCAUCUGCAGCAGGGGCAUACGCUUAUGUAUAUUUUUGUCUUUAUUCAGUUCUCAUUCGAUUGAAUCAUUAAUAUUCGGGACGAUUCUAAAAACGAAUUAAUAAAAAAAAAAUCGAUGUAAUAUUAUAAUAAUAUACGUUGGCCUAAUAAGAAUGCCGCCGGGUAUUUGAAGUUUCAACCACCCGAUGACCACGACCAACGUUGCGGCCAGCAGGGGCACCCUCGCGAUACCGGCGUCCUUGGUUAUACCCUCCUUGGCAACUAACUACAGUAUGCGACCUAAACAAAUCGUCGAUAAUAUUGUCGUAUGGCAUUUCACGAAUCGUGUUCGUUACGUUCAAACGUGCGUUAAUAUUUUUUUGCGACCGGUUAGCGGAUAUAAUAAUAUUAUAAUUAUGUCGGAAAAAGAUAUCGCCAGGCAAGUAUUGCGUGGCUACAUAGACCGGGAAAUCGACUUGGAAAACCAACUAAAAGAGAUAUUGAACAGGCGCAAGACGGUGGUGGUAGAAGAAGGAGACUUUUUUAAAAUCCGCCGAGAACAGAUGGAGAAACAGAAGAAAAUCGCAAAAAAAAGGAACGAAACGUUUUUAAAAGAUCUCGAACACGCAACUGCGAAAUUGAGAGCAUCUCUCGCUUGCGACGACCUCACCGACAAAAAGUUAGACAACGAACGCAAAAAAAUUUACAGAUUAUGUCAGACAGACACGGCGAGAACAAUCUGUUUAAUACCUUCCAGGAAACUGUUUUUGACGUGUAGGCUGUGAUAUUUUAUCUACAAAUCAAUUUUUUUGUAGUAUGAAUUUAAUAUAUAAUAUAAUAUAAUAUGAUUCUUAAACAAACUCAAUGUAUAUAAACCUAUACUAUAUAACAUGUACUAUGUACAUUGUACAUAUCUAUUAUUAUAUUUAUUACUGUGCUAUUAUGAUAAGAGAUCUGUUUAGGAAAUGAAAGGAUACCUACAAAUCGCGUGAUGCGAGUAGGUACGGGAUAUGAAGAAAAAAUUGUAAUCGAUUAGAAGUAUAAAAGUUUCUUUUAUUAUUGUUAUUGAUUUAUAAUGUUUCGUAGUUUUGUUUCUGUAUAGGAACAUAUUAUAUUUAUAAAAUAUAGGUUACCUACUUGAAAGCUGAAGUUUUGCGUUAACUUUGUAAUGUUCAUAUAAUUUAACCUAAUUUUGUAGAUUUAUUAAAUUGUGAUUUAUUUAUUAUAAAUACAUACCUACAAUAAAGAUGUCGGUCAAGUUGCUCCAAUGCGAAUAAAUCCUUAAUUUUGUGAAAUGUUUUUCUCUUCAUUAUACUCACAUAUUAUUAAUACUUAAUUGUAGCAAAUUAUGAAAUAAAAAUUUCCAAUUUGAAUUUAAAAAUGUUAUAGGUACAUUUUUAACUAUAAUUUUUUUUUGCAAAUUUUUGUGAUUUUGAUGACAUUCGUCAAAAUUGAUUUUAAACUCUCAUAAAAAAUUUUUAUCGAUUUACGAUAAAUUUUGUUUUCAUUUCCGCUAUUAGCAAUUCUUGUGGAACCUAUUUUACUAAAUGUUUAAGGUUUUUGACUGAGUUAAAAAUUUAACAUCCACAGUUAUUGAAAAUAAAAUUUUAAUAUAUGUUUAUAAAUACCUAUUAAGUUAAAAAUCAAAGAAUUUUUUCUAAUAUAAAUCGUGGUAAACUCUUCCGGUUGUAUGGUAGGUACUCCCGAUUUUCAAAACUAUUAAACUCCCCGGGUCAACGUUAUGUUUACGGUUUACGGUACCUGUAGGAAAUAUGAAAACUCUCUCGAGUAGUUUUUGGAUUAUAUAUUCGAAAAAAUUAUAGACUAUAAACAGACCGAAAAUUGGACGCACCGCCUAAUAUUUUUAUAUGUUCAUAUUAGUUAUGUCCAAGUCCACCCUAUAGUUGUGCGUCACGUAAGAUUUGGUGAGCGGCACGCACGCUAUCCGUUGGCCUAGGAUCGCAUGCGCCGCAAAUUUUUAAACAAUGUAAUUUUGCUCAAGUGUGGACCCAGCUUUAUUAUACUCGUAUAUUAAAAAAUUAAAUCUGUCAAGAAGUUCCAUCACUGGAUGGAUUCUUCUCUCAAGCCUACAAACUCCCACAGCGCUUGUACUCAUUGUAAAAAAAUUAAUUUACAGAUUGUAUAACAAAUUAAUGUAACAAAAAAAAAUAAAUAAAUAAACAUUAUUAUAAAAAUGUAAUUAUGAUGUUAAUUUAAUUUGAAAUUAAUUUAAAAUAUUAUUUUAUUAUUUACUAUAAUUAUAGUAAAUAAUUUACUUUUAUUUUAAUGAAAUUCAUAUGCGUGGAUAAUAGAUAUUAUAUUAAAUUAAAAAAAUUUUUAUGUUCAUGUUAUUAUAAACAUUAAGUUAUAAUGUAUAAACCAAUAGUUAUUAGUUAUUACGAACUCGGGAGACUUUACAUGUGCCAGUCAGGUAGGUACCGGAGUAGACCCGGGAGAGUAUUAUACGGGUCGUUAAAAUUAAGAUAUUAUACAUUUGCCAAAAUCGGCCAAAUCGUGAACAAAUUCACACAAUUCAGCCGACAGCUAUAUCAGAAGGAUGACGUAUUCCCGAGGCCUUUUUUUUCACUGGGGUUAUAAAUAGUGAAUUGUUCGACCUUUUUGCACCGGCGCAUCGCCGGACUACAGAAAAUAUACUAAACCCAAUAUAAGUGUUAGACCUUGUUAUUGCUAGUAGUUUACUCGACAUAAUAAUGUGUUCUGUCGUAAAGGUCACGUUUUACUAAAUGUCACACUGCGAGUUUCAAUUAUUCAGCGUAAAAUAUUGUUUGGACUUCAGAUGAAUUGAAAAAACCGAAAAUAGUCAUUAAGGGAGUUCGAUCCCAUAUUCCCAUCGCUGUUUACUACCAAAAUAUCUUAUGCCAACUACUGUACCGUCAUCUAUUCUAGCCAUCGGACAACACUUGUUAAUGAUAAUAUAGGCAGUGGCGUAUUUACGGAGGGGUUUUCGGGUCUCGACCCUCCCCCUCCCCACCAGAAUGGAAUAAUAUAAUUAUUAAUUCAUAACUUUCAUAACUCGUAUAUGCAGGGUUAGAGACUUCUUGAUUUUGUACGUUUUUUUGUAGUGGUCGUAGAUUAUUCUAGGUAGGUUAUACAUUUGUUUCACGAAAUGGCGAAAUUAAAUAUACAAAGUUUGAAUUUGCAUUUUUUUGCAUAUUUUAGAAGAAGUGCAUAUUUGUGCAAUUUUUUAAAUUUUGUGUUACGUAAAAUUGUGGAGGAUAAUCAUAUCUGGAUAACAUUCAAGGAUAUUUUUUAAAAUAAAUUAUGUUUGAGUAGGUAGCGUGUAGGCGCAAAUGGCGUUUGAGAUUUGGGGAGGCUGAAGCCUGAAGUCCUUAUAAUAUUGAAUAAGGACAAGGAGGAGGCUUGGUCCCCUAAUCUCCCCCCCAUAUUUGCGCGUAUGGUAGGUAGGUACGUGAGA